AUGGCACCCGCUAAGACAGCUACCCCCAAGAAGGGUGCAACCAAGAAGACACCCACCAAGAAAACUAGCCUUACACCUAAAAAGCAAAAUCCUCCCCCGACCAAGAGCAAAGCCAAAGGAAAGGCGGCUACUCCAAUCAUCAAGACCAAAGGAACACCAUUGCAAGCUCGGAAAGGUAAUGAAGCGGAAGCUGAAGAUGUUCCUCGAGUCGAUGAGGAAAAGCCAAGAUUGGCGCCAUUCUCUGAUGAGAUCCUGAGGAAUAUUCUUGAGCACUGUGAGGAGGAACAGGUCGAAGGAUAUUAUGUAGCUCAGAGGUCCCUGGCGAAUCUGAUGAGGGUGAACAGUGUCUUCCACAGACUUGCCGGUCCGGUCCUAUAUCGAUGUCCCAACGUAAUGGACUUCGAAGCCUUCUUUUAUGGGAUCGAGAAAUCUCUUGCAUGGGAUUAUCAUAUAUACUUUGAUCCUUUCAAUUGCGACAACACAUAUCGAUAUCAUUAUCCGGUCGGAAACAGAUAUACCAAGUUGUUCCUGUUGGAUAAUGUCAAACAUCUGAAAAUACUCUCAUGCCUUGUCCCAAGGAUCAGUUCAGAAGAUGGAGAAGAAACAAAAAUUGAUAAUCAUUAUCUAAGAGAAUUAGUGAAAAAUCCAAAAUAUCAAUUAUGUGAUGGACAUUAUCGCAAGAUGAAAGAUGCUUUUGAAAAAUCGCGUAGAUUCAAGAAAGGACGGAUGACUCCUAAUUUGCAAUCUUUACGUAUAGGAAGUACGGAGAGGUUCAAAUAUGAAGGUAUAAGAGGUGAUUUCAUCAAUGAUUGA